UGCGUUAUAAUACAACAACAUUAAAGCGAUGAAAAGCAUAAGCAGCAAGAAAAAAGAGAGAUGAAUAAGAAGAUAUUGGUUGUGGGAGGCACAGGUUACUUGGGACAGCAUCUGUUACAAUCCUAUGAAACUCAUCCUCAAUCUCAUUCUUACGAUCUCUCUCUCGCAUUUACCUACCACUCCACUCCUCUUCCUCACCCUUUCUCCGAUGCAUUUCCUCAUUCCCUUCCUUUCCAAGUUGAUUUCAAAACCGGCAUUGGAUUUGAAGCCAUUUCCAACGUAUUUGGCCAGCCUGAUGUGGUUGUAAAUUGUGCUGCCAUCUCAGUACCUCGUGCUUGCGAAAUCGAUCCUGAUACUGCUCAUGCUAUUAAUGUGCCAUCAUCCCUUGUAACAUGGCUGCAAAGCUUUAAACAGAACAGUACUCUUCUCAUUCAUCUCUCCACAGAUCAAGUUUAUGAAGGGGAGAAGUCCUUUUACAAGGAAGAAGACAUUGCGAUUCCAGUAAAUGUUUAUGGAAAAACUAAAGUGGCGGCGGAGAAGUUCAUUUCGGAAAAUUGGCCAAACUUUGCAAUUUUGAGAAGUAGUAUCAUCUAUGGGCCACAAACUCUCUCACCAGUUCCAAAAUCUCUUCCUAUUCAGUGGAUGGAUGGUGCCCUUUCUAAAAGAGAACAAGUGGAGUUCUUUCAUGAUGAGUUCCGUUGUCCGAUUUAUGUUAAGGAUCUCGUAACUAUCAUACUAGCUUUAACAUGCCAAUGGAUAUCAUCAGAGAGCAAGCAAAUGCAGUUGUUACUUAAUGUUGGUGGACGCGAUAGGGUAUCACGUGUUCAAAUGGCUGAGGCUGUCGCACAAUUUAGAGGGCAUGACACCUCAUUAAUCAAACCAGUCUCUGCUUCAUCGGUUGACAGAGGUGUGAAGUCCCCAGCAGACAUAUCUAUGGAUAUCACUAGAUUGAUUCAAACACUUCAAAUUAAUCCUGUUUCAUUUAAAGACGGCGUAAAAUUAACGCUUACAACUGAAGCUAAGCGGUGACGCAGUGAUGCAGAUGUCAUAUAAGGCUUCCUUGUUAGUAUUUGAGUAUUGCUGCACACCAUUAAAAAUGACAUGAGCUCUUACAUCAUUUAGAUUGCUGUAAAAUAAAUCUAUGUAAAUUCUUGAAAAAAUCAAGUCAACACAUUUUGUUGGAGCUUCAAGGAGUUAGCAAAUGCCAAGUAGUAAAUCAACAAGUUGGUAUGGCUUUUCAUCUGUGAGUUCCAAAUAAUUUUGACAUCUACCUUUACAAAAUAAAUGUAUAUUUUCAUGUAUGCUGACACACUUUUUCCAUCAUUCCAUGUAUUUUUGGAUGACUU